AUGAGCAGCUCCACCCCAAUCGUCAGCAGCGACGGCAGCUGCCAGUAUUCUGUAAACGUGUCUGCCAUGGACAGCUUCCAUUUAUCUGCUGCCAUGCCACUGGGAGCCGCCGAAGUCAUGGAAGAGAAGGAGGAAGUCACGAAAUUGAAGCCAGAUGGAGAUCCGUCAAUCAAGCUGAACCCCAACGCUGUCAGUCCAAGGCAAUUGGUCGACUACGCCGCCAGUGAGCAACUUCUCCAACUUUGCUUCAUAUCCGUAUUUUUGCUCAUUAUCAUAUUUUUUCCCUUACGUGCUUUAACUCAUCCCCCAUCCCUCCUCAAAUUUUCGAUUUCUUCGUUUCUCCUUUCCCCCUAA